AUUAAAUUUGAGGGCUUUUAAUUUGUAUAGUUUCCAACGCUUGAAAACUAUACAAAAUAAAAGCUACCCUGUCACGGUGAUCACGGCAAAUAAAUUCACAUUCAUAAUAUUAAGGCACUUUUUGUAAUACGACAUUUAAUUUUAUUAUUUACAUGUAUUGCAAAUCAUAAUUAUAAGUUGUCAUAAUCAUCGUAAUUAUCACAUAACAGGAGCUGAAAGUAGACUGGUGUCGUAUGUCGUUGCUAUGGCAACAUCAGUUCGGUUCCCUAAACACUACUACAGCUGGUGGUUAUAUCUAAGGCUAGCUGGACUCUAAGAAAUUGAUAUAACGUUAUAUAUUGAAAAAAAUGUUGACAUCCCAGCGAAACAGGACACGAUGUCGGGAAGUAACUGGACCUGGACAUUCAGUGGCAUUGAGAGCAAAACAUCCUUUAUCCAAAGAUGUAGAUGACCUAUUUCUGAGGAGGAGGAAACAGGAGGCAAUCCAGAAUGAAGUGCUGGAGUUUACUAAGGAUCAAAGCUCCUGUGAUGUGAGAAUGCGAUGGGAAAAAAACACACACCGCAGGAUGGUGUCAGCCACCAUUAACAGACGUCUACAGGAAGUAAGAGAGCAGUACCAGAUGGACAUUGAUGAAAGGAGGGAAAGGCUUCGUGAGCUGCUAGAGUCAGAGGAGAGGGAGAUCUUCAGGGAGAUGGAGGCAAAAAAGGAGACAGUGUUGGAGAGGCAAGCUAAGAUGCUUGAUAGAGCCAAGACUCUUCGAGAGAAAAGAGAGAGCGAGAGACAAAGACUUGCAGCUGAGAAACUCGAUCAGUUAUUCAGAGAGCAAUGUGAGGAGCUGCGUGCCGUGGAGAUGAUGCGCAGACAGGAUGAGGUCUGCUCUGAGCGUGAAGCUCAGAUCCGAACUAAGGAGGAAGUGCAACGGAUGCAACAAGAAGAAGACAGCCUGUUCGUCCAGAUGUGGGAGAGCGACAGGCUGGCCAAAGAGGAGCGUCAUAACCAUGAGGUUCAGCGUCAGAGAGAGAACAAUCUCCAGCAAAAGGCAUUCCUGCAGGCACAGAUGGAAACGACUGAGCAGCAGAGAAUGCAGGCAAAGCAACUGAAGCAAGAGGAGGCCCAGUUACUGAGAGAGCACAGGGAGAUGCUUCGCCUGGAGGCAGAGAGAGAACACAGACAGAAGCUUCAAGAUCAGGAGAAACGACGUAAACAACUGGACCUUUCACUUCGGCUAAAGAUGAAGCGCCUGGCACGAGAUCGGCAGGAAGAGCUGGCACUGGAUAUGAGCAUUCUGGAGCAACUAACAAAUGAAGAGCGAGAUGAAAAGCAAGAUGAGGUCCUCAAAAAGCUGGAGCGUCAAGAGGAGCAGCGCAGAUAUCGGGAGUAUCUGGCAGAGCAGCUAGAAGAGCAGAAACGGCAAGAAGCUGAGACGGAGCAGCUGUUUGAAUCAGAGCUGCAGCAGGCCUGGGCCCGCAGGGAAGCACAGUGGCGUCAGGAAAAGGCAGCGAGGGACCGACUCAUGAAGGAUGUCAUGGACACUCGUCGAUUGCAGAUCCAAGAGAAGUUGAAUGAGAAUAUGCAGAAACAGGCUGAGCCUUUUAAAGAAAGAGAGGAGCUUGACCGAAUCCUUCAAGAGAACAAAUUGCUGGAUGAAGAAGAAAAGAAUCGUUUAAGGGAGGCCACUCGGGAAUAUCAGGCUGAUUUAUUGGCUCAGAUGCUGUACCGCCAACGCAUUCGUGAAGCAGAAGAAGCUGAGAAAGAAUAUGAGUUCCAGAAGGGUCUGCUGUACCAGGAGCAGUACAAUAAGAAGAUUCAGGAAAUCCUUUCAAGACCAAUAUCCGGCUCCACGGCAGUCCAUCCCUUCAGGAGACGAGAGCGCCCCUGCUCCAGCUUUGGCGCACAGUUGGCAUAAUUCCAACCAAUUCUAUUCACAACAUAAGUAACAUUCAUAAGUAUGAAAUAUUCUAAAAAUGAUAUAAAAAUAGAAAAUACAUUAAAAAAGAAAAAUAAGGAACUUUCUGUGAACUUACAUGCUUAAAUACCUUGAUCGUUUCUGAAUAACUAUACAUUGUAUGUUUUAAACAUUUGGGUGAUCUGUGAUCAGAUUCAUUCUCCAUGUGCUGAAGUUUGUAUUCAGACAAGUCUGACUGGAUUAACUUGUUUUGAGGUAGAUAUUUGCACGUUGAAAAAUGAAUUACUUAAAGAAAGCCAAUAAUUUCAA